ACGGAGAAUCCCCCCCAUCCCCCAGGCUCGCAUCCGCUGUAUCAAGUGACUGCUUAGACAACACUCCAGCCUGGUCCGCGGAAGCAGCUGGGGGUUUCGACCAAGCUGGGCUUGGAAGCCAGUUGUUGGCGCUGUCCGUGGUGCUGAGGAAUUCCCGGCUGCCGGCAGGAUGAGCUCCGAAUCAGCAGUCUGCAAACUGCUCCCAGCGAUGACAAACCCCAGCUAAAGUUGCGCCUUUGCUUCACGUCUACAGUUAGAAUCUUCUGGUGUGUGAGGAGGGAUCCAGUCAACAUACUGUGGACGAUGCUGUUGGCUCUGCCGGUGGAGUGUGCUUUAAGCUUCAGUAUGCUGUUUCUGUUUGUGAUCCUCAGAGCCUAGCCAAGUCACCUCUACUGCUGUAGCAAACACUGUGUAAGUGAACCCAUGUGUGGAGGAGGCAUAAGCAGCCAGGAAAUUUCAUAGAAGGAUCUAAGAAAAUGCUAAAAAUAAGUUCAACAUGAUUCUGCUACCGGGGUCCGGAUUUCCACAGGACCAGCAUUGCUUCUUGCUUUGAAUUCUGAAGACAGGUCCAAAGCGUAUUUCUUAUGUGUGUCUGCUGUGUUUCUCUCUGGAAGGGUGGGAGACUGCUUCUUGGCUGUGUUUUGAAAUGGGAGGUAGAGAGGAUGGAUUGCCUUUAAUUCAUGCCUGAAAAUGCAUUCUUUGGGUGACUAAAGAGGACCGGCUUUCCUAAGACAUACCUGACCUUUAAGUUCAGAUUGGUCUGUGACCCUCAGUACCACCAUUAACCUCAGAGUGACUAGCCCACCCCCUUACAUUCCCAUGGAAGGAGCUGAGUGUAUUUAAUAUUGGGAGAACAGCCAGAAGCCCGUGAGGAGGGGGAUGGCUCUUCAUAUUCAUGAAGCUUGCAUACUUCUAUUGGUCAUCCCUGGAUUGGUCACCUCUGCUGCCAUCAGUCACGAAGACUAUCCUGCUGAUGAAGGUGACCAGGCUUCCAGUAAUGACAAUCUGAUCUUUGAUGACUAUCGAGGGAAAGGGUGUGUGGAUGACAGCGGCUUUGUAUACAAGUUGGGAGAACGGUUUUUCCCGGGGCAUUCCAACUGUCCAUGUGUCUGUGCUCUAGAUGGACCUGUUUGUGACCAGCCGGAAUGCCCUAAAAUUCAUCCGAAAUGUACAAAAGUGGAACACAAUGGAUGCUGUCCCGAAUGUAAAGAAGUGAAAAACUUUUGUGAAUAUCAUGGAAAAAAUUACAAAAUCUUGGAGGAAUUUAAGCCCUCUCCAUGUGAAUGGUGUCGCUGUGAGCCCAGCAAUGAAGUUCACUGUGUUGUAGCAGACUGCGCAGUUCCUGAGUGUGUCAACCCAAUCUAUGAACCAGAACAGUGUUGUCCUGUCUGCAAAAAUGGUCCAAACUGCUUUGCCGGAACUACAAUAAUUCCAGCUGGCAUUGAAGUGAAAGUGGACGACUGUAACAUCUGCCAUUGUCACAACGGGGACUGGUGGAAACCCGCUCAGUGUUCGAAGCGCGAAUGCCAAGGCAAGCAGCCUCUGUAGGGCAAAUUCCCGAACAGUUACCAGUUCUAGGAAGGGAUGCUAUGGUUUCUACACGGCACAUGUUUAACACUCAACAAAAUGAGCAAACAAACUCCUGCCAGCUACAACAGGGUCACCAGCAAAACCUUCUGGAGUUGACAAAGGUGAUUAUUUUACAAAGAGGAAGUUUCUCUCUCUUUCUCUUGCUAUAUAAAAUAUACAUAGCAUAUAGCUAUCUGCACCACUUUUGUAAUUACCAAUGCUUGAUGGUGACUUGACAACCAAGAUUUUCUGUGACAAGAAAGAAAACCACCUUGGACAGGCUCCCUCCAGAUGAUGCCUGUGACCUGCCAGUUCAUGUCCCUUGACUUACUCCGUUUUUACUCUGCUGUGCAUACUGCACUUUUCUCUUGUGGAUUUUCUACCUUUGGAAUCUAAAGGGGUCAGGAGUGACUGUGCAGUGAAGUUUGUGUUACAUCAGAAGUGUUUGAUAAAGAAACGUUUCGGGGGAGGUAUCCUUUCAGAGGGGGACAAUGUAAGAGUGUCCAAACCAUGGUUCUCUUGGAGGCAAUUAUCAUGUCUGUAGGCUAAGAAACAAAGUAGCAAACUGGGUCCUCUGCAGACUGAGGUGAGGAACCACUGUUCUGUCCAAUAUGUUGGGGCUCACUGUUGAUUCAUAAAAACCACACAUUUCAUAUAUAAAACUUUGAAACUGCCAAUCAGAAACAAGUAGAAUAAGAACACCAUGAGUUGACUGGAGAACCCAAAGAGACAAGUAUUUAAAGCUGUGGUAUAUAUUCACCAGACUUCUUCAUGAUGCCAGCUUUGAGUUUGGUUUAUAAUUAAAUACACCACAAAGCCCAUCUUGUCACCAGGCAAUAUAAAUACCAGAACCAGGGUGAAUAGCCCCCACUGUGAAUUAAUCUUUCUAAACACUUCUAACUUUCCAGUUCCAAAUUGGCUGAAAGCCAGCCCUCUACAGCAGUUUUUAUGGUUCGGGACUGUGUUUACCACAUUACAGUAACAACCACUCAGCCCUAAAUCUAAAAUCCAGAUUCAGGACACUCUUUCCACCUUAAGUGCUGAUGUAAAUUAAAGAUUAGGGUAGAGUGAGUCUUGCACAAUACAAUUUCAUUAGUUGAACAUUUUUAAUGUAUAUAUUAGAUACUGAACUAUUAAAUUGAACUUUUGAAGAGUCUCAAGGUUGCCCUGGUAAUGCUGCUAGUAUAACAAUGGAAAAAAACAAUAAUAAAAGAAAUAUACAGGGUAUCUAAUGCCACCUUCAGUCAAGCGCAAAAUUCACAGCUCUGAGACCACGUGACCCAGUCAUGUAUUCCCACUUUCCAUCCUAAAACCCCUGGUGCAGAUCUAAUCGGGAAAUUUCAAACUUUUCUUCAUAUCCAGUUUUCUUUCCUUCUCCUGUUUUCUGCUCCCAAACCCAGUCUGGUUUGUGUGGUUUCUGUGUAGAGACACAUUACACAGACAGAUGUCUCAAUCUCAGUCUCUGACAUGUGGGGCCAGAUUGGGAGGGGCUAUGCUACACAUUCUUAAGAUGCUAAGUGGCAAUCCUGGAUUUCAGCUGCUAGGUCAAGAACAUCCACCCAGUUAUAUCAACCAAGUGUCCUCAGACAUUGCCAAAAGUCCUCAAGGGGUGUUGGUGGGGAACAAAAUUUUCCCUGGCUCAAAAGCUGUGUCAUUAAGCUGUGUCACUUUUGCAUAUGAUAUACCAGAGAAUUUCAACUGCACACACAUGGCUUUGUUGAGGCCCUGAGCCCUUUAGAUCAUACACAAACAGCAACCCCAGGGUCAACCUCCCCCCCAUCGUGUGGCGCUUCUAAGAGCCACUCUCUGGACAUCAGUUUCUAUAGUCUCAUAAAUUACCUUUCUCACCUAAAGUUGUCGGCCUCUCCUCCCUGAAAGCACCUCCUGUCAUCCAGAAAGAGUUGUCAUUUCCAAAAUGAAUGUGAUGACGAGCCAGACCUGACACUUUUACACACACACUGUGCUUGUGUUGUGAUACAAAUAACCUUCCUGGCACCAUCCAAGGAAGAAUAUCCGGCUGCCAUCCCUUAGAACGCCAAUUUGCUGCAAGGUUGGUGCCUUUCAGUUGCCACUGUGGAUACAUCAUAGAGACAGCCAUGAAUCAUUCACGAGCAAUUCUGCAUGAUUUAUGCCUGCACUCACAAGCAAAGGCGCUGCACACUUCAGCCUGUGUCUAGACAGAGUUGUACUGUACAGCUUUCUUUGCCCUGAGGUUGCCUAUUGACAGUCCCCAAAAUCCACAUUAUUGAGAGGAAAUACUAGUAUUAUUGUCAAUAAUACUAUUAUUAUUAUUAAUGACAGAAAUAGAUAUAAAACUGAAAACAUCACUAAUAGAGCCAUGUAGCAUAGACUUUUUUUGAUUAUUAAGGAGUUAUUAUGUCCUUGUGAGAAACAAAGAAUGUGAAACUUGGGAGCCAAGGUAUAGAAAUGUUGCAUCAAAGUCUAAGACCACUGAUACCCACAGCAAAGAUUCGGUGGGAUAGAUUGUAACAACCGCAGAGAUUCUUCUACAGAGUUCCCUACAGGCAGUCCUUCAAUGGCCUCUAUUACACACUUGACAAGGGGAUUCUCAUCACUGCUCAUGUUGGGUUGGGCCUGGUUUCUUUUGUCUGUUUGUUUUAUUCUUUUGUUUCUUUCAAUUUCACUACACUAUUUCCUAAUACUCCCAAUCACCAAUGCUUUCUCUCUUUUAUAGAAGGACAAGCCUAUACUGUGACAGAAUUUCUCAUAAACUGAUAAGCAUUUAACAACUUCCUUCUAGCCAGGUCCCUGAGAUAUUCUUCCCGAACCUCUGCACACCAGAGUUCUUCUUGUCUCAUCAUCUUGUUGUUGCUGUUGCUGUUGUUUCUUUUGAAGGCUUUGAUUGCAGCCACACAGUCACCUCUUCGUUAUCCUAUCUCUUCUGCCUUCCGGUCUCCGCGUGAGAUUCAGCUAUGUUUGAACAAGGGGUCAGCAUCCGGUGUAUCAGCUGAUGCCUGUUGAACUGAUUCAGCUUCUAAAAGCUUUGAAAAAUGGUGUGCCUGAAAAUUAGUAAGAGAAAGAGAGGGAUAAAAACACUAAAUACUAAACUGUAAAAAAAAAAAAGAGGGGGGAUUCUAGCAACAAUAUUUGAUGUGUAAAAGAAUAUAUUAUUAAAAAAUUAUUUUGUUAAAUAUAAAGUGUGUUACCCAGUGAACAUUGUUUGUGGUAUAUUUUCCUUCCCAAGUUUCUCUUCUUUCCACUCCUUCAAUGAUGAACUCACAAUGGCAUCUGUCAUCCUACAGCACACAUGCCAUUACAGCUGUAGCCAAUAGAAUUAAGCUUUAACUCUGGGAUGUGCCUGCGUGCAUUUUCAGUUUUCAAAAUAUGAUGCAAGGCUGAUAAACUGCCAGUGAGAGUAUUUUAAAUGGUAGGAUGCAAACCUUCCCUUCCGCCCCACCCAUAUGCAGCACUACAGUGUUUGAAUUUCAGGUGUGCCAAGCACAAUGCUGGGCUCGGAGGCCACAGCAUUCUGUUCAGUCUCCAUAACAGACCUGAGAGGAGGGAAUCCUGCCUGUGUUCUAACUACUGAGAAAAAUGAGAAUGUAAAGAGACGAAUGUUUUAUCUAGCAUCAUGCGGUGAGAAGGGGCUGUGCAGAAAUUUAUUAUGAAAUUUUUCAAUCAGAAAAAUAGCAUGCGUGUCCUUUACUUCCUCAUUGUACU